AUGGUUGCCCCGAAGCUUCUCGCUUUCCAGAGUCUUGCUGGAACGGCCCUUGCACACAGGGUCCUUCUUCGAGGGGGUACAAUUAUAGGUUGGGAUGAGGCCACUUCGUCGAUCCAGGUCACCCGAGAUGGCUCGCUACUCAUCACUGACGACCGCAUCACGAACAUAUAUGAAAAGGGCCAGGAGCCAACCAUUGCCCCAUCCAACGAAACUCAAGUCGUCGAUGUACACGGCGGCAUCAUCACUCCAGGCUUUGUUGACACCCAUGCCCACCGCUGGCAAACGGCCUAUCGCACAAUCGGGUCCAACACUACCCUCUGGGAGUACUUUGCUCGCUACGGGGAGUUUGCGUCCGAGGGGCUCGUGGAGCCCGAGGACGUCUACAUCGGAGAGCUCAUGGGGCUGUUGGAAAGCAUCAAUGCAGGCACAACCACCACUCUCGACCACGCGCAUCACACUUGGUCCGUGGACACGGCCAAGUCGGGACUGGAUGCCACCAUUGACAGCGGCGCAAGAGUGUUUUGGUCGUACGUCAUACAUCAGCUGCAAAACUUCACCAUCGAUGAUCAGUUCGCCAACUUCCGAGCCCUUGCCGAGUCUGAUGCCUUUGACGGCACCACGGUCAACCUAGGUCUGGCUUUUGAUGGCUUUGGUGGCCUUGGCGAGGAUCCGGCGCUUACUGCGCAGGUGGUCGAGGCCGCUUUGAAAUACAACGUCUCCGUUUUUACUACACAUUACGUAGGCGGUGUUUGGGGGGCUUUCAACACACCUCGUCGGCUCCUGGAGGCUGGACUGCUCAACACCAGCAUACCCGUCGUCUUCUCCCACUCCGUCCAACUCAAUAAUGAAGAUGCCCUGCUUCUGCGACAAACCAAUCAGUACUAUUCAACAACCCCCGAAUCAGAGUGGCACUAUGGCAUGACAAACCCCACCUCGCACAGGUUUCUGGACCAAGGCUCCCUCGGCCUUGACACGCACUGGACAUUCUCCAUCGACCUCCUGACCCAGGCUCGCAUGUGGCUGCAGCAUGUGCGGGCUGUACUCACUGGGGGGCCGCAGGACGUGGGACGAGUUCCUGCCAACAACCCCAUGUCCGUCAACCAAGCCUUCCUCCUCGCCACGCGCAACGGAGGACUGGCCCUGAGGAGACCCGAUCUCGGCGUCAUCGCUCCUGGAGCCAAGGCGGACGUGGUGGUCUGGAACGGCCAGAGCCGCGGGCUGCUCGGGUGGUCCGACCCUGUGGCGGCCGUCAUGCUUCAUGCCAAUGUGGGAGAUGUUCAACAUGUUCUCAUCGACGGGAAAUUCCGCAAGGUCGAUGGAAUACUCACUAUUGAAGGCCUCGAGCAGUUAGAUCGGCGGUUCCUGAAAAGUGCGCAAAGAUUGAAGGCCGUUUUCAAGAAUAUUCCGUACCCAGUUGGCGGGGAAUUCUUUGAUGCUUCAGGGACAGGCUUUGGAUAUAUCGAACAGGUCGAUGUCCUCCGUGGCAAGGGCAAUGGCUACGGCGAGCAGUUUGUCUAG